GUACAAGAACGGGAAGGAGAUCAUGGCAGACGACAGGUUUAAGAUGGUCGUUGAUGAAUCUUUCUACAUUCUUAAGAUCCGCCGCUUGGAGAGGAAGGACAAGGGCACCUAUUGCUGCGAGCUUUCCAACUCGAGCGGAACUGCAAAGAGCGAGGGUGUGCUGUCGGUGCGAGCUCCCCAGACUUCGUCACGCCGCUCAAAGAUGCGUGUGCCAAGGAGGGCGGGAAAGACGUCAAGAUGUUCGUCGAGUGGGAAGCCAACCCGAUGCCAACUGUCAAAUGGUUCUUCAAUGACAAACCCAUUCGCGACGACACCCCCGGUUACACCAUCCGUGGACAGGACACAGCAUGGUGCUCACCAUCCACGAGGCGACGGAGGACGUCGUGGGCACGUACUCUGUCACGGCAACUAACGAGUACGGCGAGAGCGUCUGCAAGGCCAGGUUCCGUCUGCACGAAGCUCCUGUUGUUACAGAAGGUCUCAAGGACGCAGAAUUCCUUGAAGACAACAGUGCCAAGUUUACCUUCAAGGCGACGGGCGUUCCUACUCCCGAGAUCAAAUGGACGAAGGACGGCAAGAAGUGGAGCCCCGACAUGCAUCGCGUCAAGCUCAAGCAGGAAGGCGACGACACCUUCACGCUCUACUUCGACGAAGCCAAGACCGAGGACUCGGGCCAUUACGUGGCCACGAUCUCCAACGUCGAGGGCACUGUCAGCACCGAGGCCAGCAUCGUCGUCAAUACGCCGCCCCACAUCAAGGGCAGCAACUUCAGGGACGGCAAGACCUUCAUCGCCAUGCAUAAAUUUGUGCUGGAAGUGGAGGCCACCGCAGUGCCCGAGGCGGAGGCGACCUGGUACUUCAACGACAAGAUACUGUCCGUGGAGGAAGAUAGUGUCAAGUUCUCCUUCGAGGGCAACAAGUACACAAUGGAGAGGAUUGGCAGUGAUCCCGAGCACAGCGGACAGUACAAGUGUGUGCUAAAGAACAAGAUCAAGGAAGUUGAAGAGGUUGGACAGGUCACCGUCAUAGAGAAAGAGGCCCGAGUACGCCGCCCGCUCGAAGAUAUUUACGUCAAAGA